CCCGUAAGACAGCGUAUCGAGGAAUGGGAGGAGGGGGCAGAGCUUGCAUUAAGGGACUACAACAAGAAACAUGGGACUGACUUGGAGCUUGUGAGGGUAUUGGAAGGCAAUGUAUGGUGUACGUGGACCCUUGGUGUUGGAGUUGAUUUUACGCUAAUCCGCAGACUUUGGAAGCAUUCCAAUUUUGUGGCUAGGCGUAAAAAGGUGGGUUCCAGUAACAAAAAGCAAAAAAAGCCACUCGUGUUCUUCGCUGAAUCAUAUCACGAUAUUAGGGAGCUUAAGCACACUAAAUUGUCUCUCGUGGAGCCCUCUUAUUAUUCAGGUGAACUGUAUCCCCGUUUGCUGAUGUUUUUU